AUGACCGCGUUGCCGAGCUCCUGGGCCGGCUCGUACACUUGGGCCGCGUCGUGCAGGCCGGCCUCCUCCAGCCGCCUACAGCCUCGGCGAGCGCCCAAGCCAGCCAACUCGGCCCAGCUCCUCCUGGCCAGCCGCCUGCCCAAGCCGGUCCUCUCUCCUCCAACUGGCCUUUUGGGCCCAAGGGAUAUUAGAUAUUUCAAGAGCUCGUUGAUAAAAAACCAUGCAUCGGAUCGGGACAUAUCCCCCAAACCCUUCUCCCACCUCGGUUUCCGCGCCUACCAAAACCCUAGCAGCAGCCUCCUCUCUCCUCAACCUCCAGCGGCCGCGGGCCUGCCCGAGCCCAUCCGAGGCCCGGAUCCGCCACCGCCGCUCGCGAGCGUCUCCUGCAGCUCCUCGAGCCGAUCAGGCCAGCACCGCCGCCACCUGCCUCUCCUCUUGUGCCCGCGCAGCUACCCCCGCCGGUCGCUGGUCGCCAUUGCCGGCGAGCCACAGGAGCACCCCACUAGGACCUGCCCCGCCCCACGUCGUCGACAGUCGCCGCCGCAAGCUGAGGUCGCCGCCGCCCGAGAUCCUCCUCCCCUCGCCUGGAUCUGGCCAAGGGCCGACCCUCGUCGCUGCCGCCUGCCUCUCCUCUCGUGCCCGCGCAGCUUCCCCCCCGGUCGCUGGUCGCCGUUGUCGGCGAGCCACCACAGCACCCCGCUAGGACCGGCCCCGCCCCACGCCAUCGACAGCCGCCGCCACAAGCUGAGGUCGCCGCCGCCCGAGGUCCUCCACCCCUCGCCUGGAUCUGGCCAGGGGCCGACCCUCGUCGCUGCAGAUCUCGCUGCCGGCCAGCCGCGCGCCGCCUCAAAAGUUCCUUACAGUCACUGCACUUUGAAAUACGCUUAUUAUGAUUAUUAUAGUACAGUACAUGUUAAGCAACCAUUUGUCCUGGCGGUUCCCUUCCACGGUGUGGUAGCUCACGCCCGGCCUCGUGUCGCUCAAUGCCAGCAACAACUCCACCGGCGCGAUCCCGUCAACGUGUUCGGCGGGGCCAUCCCCAUCGGGUUCGGCAACUGCUCGCGGCUACGGAUCCUCAGCGACGGCCGGAACAACCUCACCGGUGAGAUCCCCGACGACCUCUUCGACGCGAUGUCGCUAGAGCAGCUGGCGCUCCCGUCCAGCCGGAUACAGGGAAGGCUCGAUCACCUGCAGAUCGCCACACUGAUCAAUCUCGUGAAGCUAGACCUGACGUACAAUGCGCUCACCGACGAGCUGUCGGAGUCCAUCGGCGAGCUCACGAUGCUGGAGGAGCUCCGACUCGGGAAGAACAACCUCACCGGCACCAUGCCGAUGAUCGGCAACUGGACCAGCCUCCGGUACCUGGACCUUCGGUCGAACAGCUUCGUCGGGGACCUCGGGGCUGUUGACUUCUCCCGCCUCACCAAUCUCACCUUCUUGAACCUGGCCGCCAAAAACCUCACCGGCACUAUGCCUCCCAACCUCUACUCGUGCACGUCGAUGAUGGCCUUGCGCGUGGCCAACAACGACAUUAAUGGGCAGGUGGCGUCGGCGAUCGGCAACAUGAGAGAGCUGCAGUUCCUCUCGUUGACCAUCAACAAUUUUACUAACAUCAGCGGCAUGUUCCGGAACUUUCAGGGCUGCAAGGACCUCAUCGCGCUGCUCAUCUCGUACAAUUUUUACGGCGAGGCCCUGACGGACGCCAGCUGGGUCGGUGACCACGUCAGCAACGUCCGGGUGAUCAUCAUGAAGGAGUGCGGUCUGAGGGGCCACAUACAAUUGUGGAUGCCCAAGCUGCAGGGCCUCAAUGUCCUGAACCUUGCUGGGAACCGCCUCGCCGACCCGAUCCCCAGCUGGCUCGACGCCGUGAAGAAGCUCUACUACGUGGACCUGUCGGGAAACUACUUUGUCGGGGAGUUACCACCAUCGCUGAUGGAGGUGCCUGUGCCGACGUCGGAAAAUGCCAUGACAGAGUUCAAUCCGGCCCCUUUGCCGCUCGUGUUCAACGUGACACCGGACAACAUGGCGACGGUGAGGACGGGCCGCACGUAUUUUCAAAUGUCCGGCGUCGCCGCCAUCCUCAACCUUAGCGACAACGACAUCUCCGGCCUGAUCCUGCUAAAGGUCAGGCAGAUGAAGACGUUGCAGGUGCUUGACCUCAGCUAUGACAACCUCUCCGGUGGCAUCACACUGGAGCUCAGCGGCCUCACAGAGAGUGAGAUUCUUGACCUCCGCCAGAACCGUCUGACGGGCUCCAUCCCGCCAACGCUCACCAAGCUCCACUUUCUCUCCGACUUCAACGUCGCGCACAACGAUCUCGAGGGCCCGAUCCCGACCAGAAGGCAGUUCGAUGCUUUCCUGGCAACGAACUUCGCGGGGAACCCAAAGCUUUGCAGUGAGGCAAUCUCGGUCCGCCGCGACAACAAGACCGAGACGACGACAUUCAUCGUCCAAGCAGGGGGGGGGGGCGACAGCCUGGCGGCCGCAGCGCACGCGAGGUGCCUGAGGCGAGCGAGCGAGGAGGGCAUGGGGAGGAAGCAGACGACGACCAUUUGGAAGCGGGAAGGGAGGGAGAGCACAACAACGACAACUAGUCAAUGUUGCUUAGGUUGA